AUGAGCUGGAAAAGAAACCGUUAUCUGAGAUACAAUAUUGCUUUGACAUGGACCCAUGGCAGUUUCCGGACGGACCUUGCUCCUAUCUAUGUGUCCCUGUAUGUAGGCACACAACUGUGCAUACCCGCCAAAAUAUGGGCACACAUCGACGCAGAGUAUAAAAUCUCUGCUGAGGGUCCAGGCAGUAUACAGAUGUCAUCCACCGUGACCAAACCUGACAUUGACGGCGGAGGUAGCUGGCAACCUCAAAAAGGAAGUCAAAUGUUCGAGUUUGACCAGAAUGAAGAAUCUGGCACUGCAAAAAUUGGGAUAUCGUCUUACUCGGGAACAGCAGCUGAAAGUGAUCAUCUCAUCAUGCUGGAGCUAGAAGUCAAACCAAGGUUUUUCAUCGAGUUUCCCACCUUUGUUGAAAAUGAAGUCAAUGGUUGGACCAGCCCUCUAGAGUUGAAAGCCGAAGAGGACACUUUUGGGUACAGUAUCACCACCUCCAUUCAGUCCCAAGCACUUCUGCGUGUAUCAGCCCAGUCCUGUUCUACUGAGUGCCCGUAUUCGGACAGACCACAGAACGUCGGCGUCAUGUCAUCAUUGGACUAUCUUAAAGGGGCCUUGAAGGUUACAGUUGGAAACGACGAGUAUUAUCAGGAACAACUAUGGAGACGUGAGGAGUGGAUGGACUCUGACAGAGACUGCAAAGAGCAGCCGUCCCGCAUUGAUACCUGUAGUAACAGAUGUUUAUGCUCUGGUGGAGCGACAGGGGUGCCACACCCUACUGACGAGAGCUUCUGCAUGUGUCCUUGCAACUGUGGAAGUGCAAACAUAAGCUUCACGCAUCCGGACAUUUCCGGUGGCGGAUGUAACUGUCAGCUGUGUCCCGAUGGAGACUUCAAAACGGUGAACAGUCAGGGGCAUCUACACUGCCCAUGUCUGUGUCCUGACAACAGCAUAUCGGAACUGACCAGCAGUGGGGGAUGUGACUGUUCCUGCACCUGCCCAGAUGGUAGCAGGGAUGUGGUGCUGAGUGACGGCAGCUGUCCGUGUAAGUGCACCUGUAACAACUGCCACGAGUCGGUUCUGGGUCCUCAAGGCUGCAUCUGUUCUGAUAGCUGUCCUGAUUGUGAGAAUGACGAGGAACCAGAGUGGCAAGACUGUGUGUGUAAGUGUCCACAGAAGACAGAGUGCGGGAUCCCACCUACAUGUGUGGUGGGGAGGAUGGGGCCGGACUGUAGACAGCCAGACUGCAGGCCAUGCCAAGGCUGCUCCGGAAACGGCCGGUGCAUCACAUCAACACAGAGCUGUCAGUCAUCCUGUGUGUGCUCGCGUCAGUGGUUCGGCGACUGUUGUGAGCUGCGCCGUCCUCGUCCUAUUGGAGGGGACCCUCAUCUCCAGACACUGGACGGAAAACCAUACGACUACCAUGGCAUUGGUGAGUUCUGGGACUGUAAGAGCGUCUUCAAUGACUUCGGCGUUCAAACCCGGAUGUACGCGUAUAAAGGUGCUUCCCUGAUUGGUGGAGUUGCAGUGAAGGCUGGGCAUAGUGUUGUCACCCUGAUGACGUUACCAAAUGCAACUGAAAAGGACGUCCCAAACAUAAGGUGA